AUGAGUAGUAGUGGAAUUAAUGUGGAAGAAAACCUUAAUAGGUUAGAUGAAUUUCACAUUUCUGCGCAUUUACAUUUGAAGUCGGCACGUGUGUUGACUCCGCAUGGCACACUAGUCGACCUUUUUACUUCAGAUGAAGCAGAUCCAAGUAUGGAGAUUAUGAGGCAGAUGCUUGAACCGUAUCUGAGAAGAGCCAGAUUCUAUUAUGCGUCUUUGAUAAAGCAUUUUGAAUAUGACAGCCCAUUUAUUAGCGCUCUUGUGGAAAGAUGGCAUCCUGAGACCCACACAUUCCACCUCCUAUGGGGUAAGUGUACUGUUACUCUGGAGGAUGUUGCUAUGCAGUUGGGGUUACCAAUCGAUGGUGAGCUGGUGAGCAGCACUCUAAGGUCUUGGAGUAAGUUCCACCAGAAAGAUAUUUGGCAAUGGUGUGAGGAACUCCUUGGUGAAGUUCUUGAUGGACAUGUUGGGACUACAAAGUUUAACAUAAAAUUGAAGUGGCUCAGAAGUCGGCUCCAACAGAUGCCGCUGGACUCUCCAAAGGACGCCAUCAUACAGUACGCACGUUGUUACAUUCUGUAUUUGCUGGGUGGCAUUCUACUUCCGGACAAGGCAAACAACACGGUCCAUAUCCGUUAUCUUCCUCUCUUGGCCAACUAUAACGCCAUUAGUACCUAUAGCUGGGGCAGUGCGAUUCUCUGUUGGUUAUAUAGAGCAAUGUGCCUAGCAACUGAUUAUAACAUGGAGGGAAUGGCUGGCUGCCAUACGUUACUGAUGUCAUGGAUAUACUAUAGGCUACCUUUUUGGGCACCAGAAGUGACGAGUCCGUAUAACUUCCCCUUAGCUACAAGGUGGGCAGGUAAGAAAGGGAAGAAUGACUAUGCUGAGCAACGCUUGCUUAGGCACCGCUUGAGGUUGGACAACCUAAAGGUGGAUGAGUUUAUGUGGAUGUCGUACAUGGAUGCACAUAUUAUGUCGAGAGUGCUGGGGGGAUUUCUAGGUGCCCCACAUGGAGAUUUCUAUACAGCGGUCAUGCCUUUGAUAUUAUUCUGGUGGAUCGAGAUUGUUAACAUAGACAGAGUCAUGCGUCAGUUCGGGGGAAAACAAGGACUGCCAAACCCUCCGUUGAACAUCGAUAGCUUUCAUGGACAAUCGGCUCGCAACGACGAUGGAUGGUGCCCCAUCCGCCUACAAACAUGGUUCGAAGUGUGGGCAAACUGA